AUGGCGCCCACCGCCCCGACAAAGACCCUCUCGGCCCGCGAGAAGCGGAUGGCCCGAAUCCGCGGCGACAUUCACCCCCUCGCGCCGCACAAGACGCUCCGCCCCGAGGCCCAGGUCGACGACGGCUUCCUGACUAACAAGAAGGACAAGCGGACAAUGAAGCACAGCGCCUUCGUCAGCAAGGUGGAAAAGGCCAACAAGAAGCCCCUCAAGCGCCGCCGCCCGAACAAGAAGCUCGUUACCACCAUGGAGUCUCUCGCCAACGCCCUCCCUGAGCUCGAAGAGGGCGCGCAGACGCUGGAGCAGCUCCGCGAGGGCAAAGUGCGCCACAAGAGCUUGAAGAGCAGGCCCGGCGCGCUCAAGCGCAAGGAGAAGAUAGUCAGGGCCGAGAUGCAGCGCUUCGGCGCCAGCAUGGCUGCGUUAGCCACUGUGCCCGCUACUUCUGCUUCUGCUACAGCUGCCGGCGCGAUGUCCUUAGAGAGUCCGGCCGCGGAGGCGGGGGCUGAGAAAGCGGCGUCUGAUGCGACGGCGAGCAGGUGGGCUGCGCUGAGAAAGCACAUCUCGAGCACCAUGGAACAGAACCCUGCUUUCAGCAAAUAA